GAUAGAAAGACAGAUGGGCAUUUGCUCACACUGAUUGAUUUCGCAUCUACAUUUAGGGCAGCCAUUGUCAUUGAGUUGCCUUUGCCGCGACUGCUAUUCGAAAUGCUGCCCAUGCCCUUGCAGUGGGGCAGUCCUAUUUCUGUUAUUCCAGUAUUACUGUCACAGGCUGUCAUUCCUCAGCAGUUGACAGAUGUGACGUCAGUUGGCAGCUCCUCACUUCAAGAUGAGAUUAACUCUGAAGGACUUUCUGUUUUAUUACAAUACUUUGAAGACUACAGAAAAGCGUUAGGUGGAACAAGUGCUCACGUGAGCCUAGAAAUUCCAGCCUUAGCCGAGAUGAUUGGACGGUUGCAAGCAAGUUUCCAAACACAGAAAUCAAAAAACGUUGACUUCCUCAACAGAGCAGAACAGGUGUGCCAACGGAUAAAUGGAGCUAGAUUGACAAGCUGCAAGAGUGCAAAAGAUCGCACAGGAAUGGCGGUUACUUACGAAAUGUGCUUGAUGCUGGGCUCUCAAUACGACCUACACCCCGACAACUUCCAGCAAGUGCUAAACGCAGUUAGAAGUCGAGGCACGCGUCUCGAAAACUGCUACAAGAAUCUCGGCGUGCGCAAGUACAACUUCUCCUCUCUUCAACUAAAAUGCGCUCCGAAACAAUACUGUCCUCCCGAAGGAUCCUACGGCAAAGCGAAAGACAAAACGUGACCAAAAAAAUUGUAUCCAAAAGUAUACUGCACGGAUACUGUAGUAUAAACAUACAGGAAUAUGGACUUUAAUGUUUGUUAAGGAUUUUCUUUUUUACUGCAAAGAACUUUCGUAUGUUCGGCUGUA